CAGUACUUUUAUUAUGAAAAUCCGGGACAUGCUACACAGGAAGGAAGUUCCGCAGAUCAAAGGACGACUGGUGGAGAAUAGCUGUCACGACAGGUGGUAGUGAAUGCGGUAGAGUCCCAGUCUAGGUAUGGAGCAGUGUGCGUGUGUGGAGCGGGAGCUGGAGAAGGUGCUCCACAGGUUCGUCAUGUACGGACACCAGUCAGAGGAACGGCUGGACGAACUACUACGCAGCGUCUGUGAGCUACGGGGACAGCUGGUUACAUUCGGGGUACAAGAUGCAGAUCUUUCGGUGCUGUCUCAGACGAUGGCCCAGUGUUGUAAGAACAUUAAAGAAACAGUACAGCUGCUGGCCUCCAGACACAAGGACAUCCACGGCAGUGUCUCCAAAGUGGGCAAAGCUAUCGACAGGAACUUUGAUGCAGAGGUGAGUGCAGUGGUGGCAGAGACAGUGUGGGACUCACCUGAGAGACAGAAGUACCUGAGUGAGACCAUCGUGGAACACCUGUACAGACAAGGCAUGCUGAGCGUGGCAGAGGACCUAUGUCAGGAGUCUGGAGUAGUGAUUGACAUGAGCAUGAAGCAGCCAUUUUUGGAACUCAACAGGAUCCUGGAGGCCUUGAGGAUGCAGGACCUCAGACCAGCACUAGAGUGGGCAGUAACAAACCGGCAGCGCCUGCUGGACCUGAACAGUACCCUGGAGUUCAAGCUGCACCGCCUCUACUUCAUCAGCCUGUUAAACGGAGGCAUCACCAACCAGCUGGAGGCGCUACAGUACGCCAGGCACUUCCAGCCCUUCGCCUCACAGCACCAGAGAGACAUCCAGAUCCUCAUGGGUAGUCUGGUGUACCUGCGGCACGGCAUAGAGAACUCUCCCUACCGCUCUCUGCUAGAGACCAACCAGUGGGCUGACAUCUGUAACAGCUUCACCAGGGACGCCUGRGCUCUGCUGGGGCUAUCUGUAGAGUCACCUCUCAGUGUCAGUUUUGCGUCAGGCUGCAUGGCUCUACCAGUCCUGAUGAACAUCAAGCAGGUGAUUGAACAGAGACAGUGUAGCGGAGUCUGGACACACAAGGACGAGCUGCCUAUUGAGAUAGACCUGGGGAAGAAGUGCUGGUACCACUCCGUGUUCGCCUGUCCCAUCCUCCGGCAGCAGACGUCAGAGAGCAACCCUCCCAUGAAGCUCAUCUGUGGACACGUCAUCUCCAGAGACGCCCUCAACAAACUCACCAACGCUGGAAAACUGAAAUGCCCCUACUGUCCCAUGGAGCAGAACCCGUCAGAUGCCAAGCAGAUCUUCUUUUGAUCCCCCAUCCUGUUUCUGGAAACCCCCAGGCAAAGUGGAGCCCCUAUGAGCUACAGUAGCUACCUGCUACCCCAGGACCCCUGGAAAUCCCCCAUCCUACCUCCUGAGAGAGAGAGAGAUCUCAAAAGGAUCAUUCAUUCAUUGACACUCAUUUUCAGCUGCCUGCAGAACUUACUAUAGGCUUAUUCUUGUUAAGGAUGUGAUGAUGCGUUAUCAUAGCGUAUCAAAUUGAGUUGUAGAGUUUUUGUACGACUGCUCUGUUCCUUAUUUCUUUCCUCUAUAUAUCCAUCUGUAGGCUUUCCUUAGAACAUCAGAAUCCUCUAUAUGUCCAUCUGUAGGCUUCUCAGAACACAGAAUCCUCUAUAUAUCCAUCUGUAGUCUUUCCUCAGAACACAGAAUCCUCUAUAUAUCCAUCUGUAGUCUUUCCUCAGAACACAGAAUGGUCGGUUGAAUGGAUGUUAGAGAGGUGAUGUGACAUUAUGGUUUUUAGGAAGUUGUCUGAUUUCAGGAGAGUAUUUAAACUUCUAUAUUACAGAGGUAAAGCUAAGUGGCCUCUGAGAAAGUAUAUUCACAUAUAUAUUGUAUUGAGAGGUUGUGAUUGGCUGAUAGGUUGAGGUGACCGUGGUUACAGUUUGUGAAUGGAACACUGAUUGUAAAAAAGUAACAUUUUUCCUAUUGGCUAUGAUGUAAUAAAGGCCCUGAUUGGUUGAAAGUCACUAUGGGUUACAGUACAUGUAUCAGUGUGACGAUCAACAGUUGUGAUCGAUGGAGAGGUCGAGGGUCAAUUGGCUGAUUGAUUUUGCAACUGCCUCCAAUAACAAGAAUUUUCCUGUUUCUUGUUCUGUGUAGGCCGAUGUAUUUAACAAAAACAAAUUAUACUACUGUGAAGUCUGAUUUAGUUUUUAUUUAUCAUCGCUAGAAUCAAGUCUCCUGUAAAAUAGUGAAACCAUAAGUAACUUUAUACCUUUUUAUGAAAUAUAAUUCUGCCACAAAAUAGCAACAUCAGUAUUGGAUCCAUGAUCAAAUCCUUCUCCUUGGACCAAACGGAUAGCUCCCAGCCCAUGAAAUGGUGAUGUCAGCAAGGUCUGCACCAGCAUCUCUUUAACAGCCGACACAUGGUAGCAGUCAGCCAUUAUAUCAACUCUGCACUGAUCUCCAGUCAGAAUGAAUUAUGGUAACAGGUCUUUAUUUGAUGGUUUGUGUGCGUACACGUUCGUUUUGUGUUUAGUUGAUUUGACAUUUUAUUUACUGCUUUUGGUUGACAAUCAUUCAUCUCCUUUCCCAGAAUACAUUAAGGUCUGUUAUGGCUUCUUCCUUGGGUUCUUUUUCUUUUCCAGUAGUCAGAGUUAUUGAGUUCUUGUAUGAUAGGUUUGCCUUUUACCUGCUUCUCUUUCUUUAUUCAAGUUUUAUUGUACAUAUUUAUUCUCUAACAUGUUUCAUAUUAUACUUGCAUCUUGAAAUGGAAUAAAAACUUUAUACUCCAA